AUGGGAGUCAAUGAGGAAAACCCAGAGCAAAAGAGUGAGGUUUCUAGAGGUAAGGAAAUUAAUUUGGUUAUGAAGGGUUAUUAUGGCAGGAAACAAGACUAAGCACAAAACGAGUGAUGGAGAGAGAAAAAGGGUUUAAAAAAAAGGAUAGAUUCAAGACUGUGAUCAUUAACCUUAGCAAAAAAAAAAAGUAGGAAAUUAGCUAUAAAGCAUUAACAGUGUCUUUUAUAAUUAAUUGCUUUCAAUUUUUAAACUUUAAAAGCCAUUUUAUGGUAUGAUUACAUGAUAAUGUGAGGGAGGAUAAAAAUGCACAAGGGCUUGUACAGUGACAAUCCUCUAGCCUGGCUAACAAUCCUCAGACAGAAUAUAAAUGAAACUCAACCCUGAUGUCAAAACAAUUUGACGCUGUGUUGUGUUGUUAAAACAGAUUUUGAUGGUUCAGGAAUCAUUUAAAGCAUAUUUUUGGAAAAAAAAACAAAAACAUUACUAGUGUAAAUCACUACAUCAGCUCAAAAUUACUUCCAAAGACUACUGUAAACACAGUUCGUAGCUUUAUCCAUGAAUGUAGGUCAAACCUGUGCCAUGCAAACAGGAAACCAUGUAAAACGUGAUCUAGAAAUGUAGGUGGUAAAUGUAGGUCUGAUCUUUUUAUUUCCUGUACUUUCAUCUAAUAUGCAGUUUUGUGGUUCCUCUUAGAGACACUUCCUUCUAUUGAUGCUGACGUUCAUAACUUCAGUCCCAGCUACGUUGCUGAGACUGGAGGAACUGUGUUUGCUCCCCACAUCACUGGUUCCAACAUUGGCAUCCUGAACAUCACUGUCAAUUCAUCCGGCAAGGGUAGAUAUGAAACCUUUGAAUCUAUUGAAACCAGGGUCUGGCAUCUGCUAACAUUUUUGUUCAUUUGCAGAGUCUAUUGCUUCAUCUGAAGAGGAAUCAGUCGAAGUAGCUGCUCCACUUCCCAAGAGUGAGUACUUCCUCAGGCCUGUUCUAUAUUACAAAAUUUAUGAAAUACCUUGAUUUUUUAAUUUAGAGGAAAAAUGGCAUAAUAUUUGAAUGUCUUUUUUUCACCAGAUGAAAAGAUCAAAGAAUGUCAACAGACACUGAAAGAAACUCUGAAAAGGAAGUUUAGUUACUUGCUAGAGGGAACAACAACAGAAGCAAACAAGAUACCUCUCAAUAAAAUCUACACAGAUCUUUACAUAACUGAGGGGGGAAGUGGGGAAGUCAACACAGAGCAUGAAGUGAGACAGAUUGAGACAGCAUCCAGGGUUCAUGUGACACAGGAAAAGUCGAUCCACUGCAAUGAACUCUUUGUCCCUCCGCGGGGGGAAGACCUCCAAAUAAGAACUGUCAUCACAAGGGGAGUCGCUGGCAUUGGGAAAACGGUAUCUGCCAACAAAUUUACUCUUGAUUGGGCUGAGGAGAGAGAAAACACCAACCUGGACUUUGUGUUUCCUCUGUCCUUUAGAGAGUUAAAUCUCAUGAGGAAAAAAAACUUUAGUUUUGUGAGACUUCUCAAUGUCCUUUUCCCUGAAACCAAAGACACUGGAAUCUUUACCAAUGGUCAACACAAAAUGCUUUUUAUCUUGGACGGUCUAGAUGAGAGCAGACUAUCUUUGGAUUUCAAGGAAAAUGAAAUAGUGACUGAUGUGACACAGCCAACCACAAUUGCUGUGCUUUUGACCAACAUCAUCAGGAAAAGGCUUCUCCCCUCAGCUCUUAUCUGGAUAACUUCAAGGCCGGUUGCUUCCAGCCAGAUCCCUCUGGAAUUCAUUGAUUUGGUGACUGAGGUGCGAGGGUUCAGUAACCCCCAGAAAGAUGAGUACUUCAGAAAGAAGAUAAGCAACCAGAGCUUAGCAGACAGGGUAAUCACACAUGUGAAAUCUUGUCAGAGUCUUCACAUUAUGUGUCACAUACCGAUCUUCUGCUGGAUGGCAGCAAGUGUACUUGAGAAGAAGUUAGCAAUGACAGAAGAUAAAGACAUACCAAAGACUCUGACCCAGAUGUACAUACACUUCUUGUCCUUGUAUGUAGACAACAUGAAGAAGAGACUGCCAGGGAGAAGAGAAUCAAAUGCAGAUUGCGUGAGAACUAACCUUAUCUCUCUGGGUAAGCUUGCCUUCAAGGAACUGGAGAAAGGCCACUUGAUCUUCUACGAGAGCGACCUGAUCCAAAAUGGAAUCAAAGUUACACAGGCAUCCAUGUUUUCAGGAAUCUACACACAAAUCUUUCAUGAGGAACCAACAGUCUGUCAGGAGAAGAUGUUCUGCUUUGUGCAUCUAAGUGUUCAGGAAUUCUUUGCAGCUUUAUACGUCUACCUCACAUUCAACAAUGAAAACGUAAAUGUUCUGAUCAAGAAAUCAUCUAUAUCAAGACGAUUUCUAUCAAGAGACUCAUCAGAGCUCAUCCUCUAUAAAGCAGCAGUAGAAAAGGCUCUGCAGUGUGAGAGUGGACAUUUUGACAUGUUUCUGCGCUUCCUCUUGGGCCUGUCUCUUGAAUCAAAUCAGACUCUGUUGAAGCAUCUGUUGACCCACAACAGAACCAACCAAAAGACAAGAAGCGAGACCAUCAAACACAUUAAAGAAAAGAUCAGAGUCAGUCCAUCUCCAGACAGAUGCCUCAACCUCUUCCACUGUCUGAAUGAGCUCAAUGACCACUCUCUUGUAGAAGAGAUUCAGAGCUUCCUGAGCUCUGGCAGUCUGAACACUGCUAAGCUUACAUCUGCCCAGUGGGCCACUCUGGUGUUUGUGUUAUUGACAUCAGAAGAAGAGCUAAGUGAUUUUGAAUUGAGCAACUACACAAGGACAGAGGAAGGUCUCCUUAGGCUGCUGCCUGUUGUCAAAACUGCACAAAUUGCGAAGUAAGUACCUUCAAAAGCACUUUUAAACUUAGACAAGUACAGUAGUCCAGUUUAAUCACUCUUGUCAAGCUAUUAAUUUAGCCAUGUAUGUAAUUGUACUGAGGAAUCUAGAUAGAUAUAUCUGAAUCAUGUUACAUGACCAUAAAGUAGCCACAUAUUAGGACAGAAAGACUCUACUUAGCUCAUACUCCAUAAAGGUCAUGGUGAUAGGCAGUAAGUCUUAUACCAAAAGGCAACAUCAUUUAUUUAUCCGUCUAUUUUGUGUCUCUUCUCAUUUUUAUCAUCUGCAGACUGGAUGCAUGUAACCUCACUGCAGCCUGCUGUAGGCCUCUGGGAGUCACUGUCAGCUCAUCCAAACUAAGAGAGCUUGACCUGGGUAACAACAAGCUGAAAGAUGUGGGAAUUGCACUGCUUUCUUUGGGACUCAAAACCAGCAAACUGGAGAUGCUCAGGUCAAAACCAAAAGACAUUUUCCAUGCUUGUAUACUUAAUAAAAUUUAAAUGUUUCAUUAGGGGGUUAUUGAAAAGUUUAAAAAAUCUAAGUCCUUUUCUUUUUGUUUAGAUUGAGGAGCUGUGACCUAACAGAGCAGAGCUCUAAAGCCUUGGCUUCAGUUAUGAGUUCAGCCUCCAGCCAACUGAAGGUUUUGGACCUCUCUGACAAUGAUAUUCUGGAUCUAGGAGUACAAAACCUCUGUGUUGGACUGGGAAGUCCUCACUGUAAACUGGAAAAACUCAAGUGAGUGCUCUGAGUGAAAUUCAAUGCCGGAUAAAUUAUUUAACAUACAGUAAGAUGCCAAAAAUCCAAAGUAUAAAGUGGAUGUUGUGAGGUGGGGAUCUUGACUGAAUACCUUGUCUGUUUUGAAGUUUGUCCUUGUGCAGAGUAACAGAAGAAGGCUGCACUUUCCUGGCAUCUGCUUUGAACUCAUCCCAACUGGAAGAGCUCGAUCUGAGCUACAACCAUCCAGGAAACUCCGGCCUGGAGCUGCUGUCUGCUCUGGAAGAUGACCCACAAUGCAGCCUCAAGAAACUUAGGUACGCUGAAAAAAAAAAAAAUAGAGUUAUUGGUGGUGAUCUCUUUUUAAAUAAUUCUGUACAAAAUGUAAGUCCCAGUGUUAGUAUCCCAAAAUUUGCAAGUGAUUACUUUUUAUAGAUUAAUAAGCAUCAUUCACGAGCAUUUUAGGUAGCUAAGACUAAAACAUAUAAUAGUGUGACAGAUUAGGUAGUAACUCCCAUAAUUUAUCAGUGGUUAAAAAAUGAUGAUCUAGCUUUAACCGAUGUCUUGAGACCAGAUACAGGCACAAGUCACUUUUUGCAAGUUAAGUCCUAAGUCUCUUGGGGUUCAGUCCCAAUCAGUUCUCUCAUAAAGUCGUUAAAUAAUGACAAAAAUAAUGGCCAAACAAAAUUUCCAAAACUGUCAGUGAAUAAGAAAUGAUCAGACUUGUUAUUUAUGGUCUUGUUUGCUUUUGGACAUCAUGAAAGGGCAUUGAUAUGAAUUUUAGUCCAUUUCAUAAAUAUCAAAAAACUCCCCACGAGAGCAACUAUUAUUCAAUAUCAAUAUUUGUUAGUAAAAAAGCAACACAUUAUACACAUACACAGCAUAUGAGCUAAGCUUAAGUCCUAAUGGAUUUAAAAGCAAAACGUUUGUUCAAAGUCCCAAUUGAAAGAACUUGUGCAGGAGCUUAGGCACCCCUACCUAUAGCCUGUAACUGCCCCUGACAGGAAAAGUUGGUGGGAACCCAAAUCACAACUGGUUUUUUGAAUGUGUCCCUUGAACAAACAGAUGAUCAGUGUGUUGAUGAUCGCCUUUUGUGAUACCAAUCCAAAACUGAGAGCAACAGCUACCCAAAACUAUAGACAUCCGUACGAGAAGUUUUGUAUUUACUUAUAGACGUUGAUCCCAAUCUUGGGCCUGGCCGAGCUCCAAACCCUUCCUUCAUUGCCAUACCCGUCACUCUCUCUCUCUUUGACUGGUAAAGGGGACUGUACCCCCCACGUCCUGCUCUCUUCCCCUCUGUCACAUAACUAGAGUCGUGGCUGUGUCGCCUGCUCCGCUGUUAUCUUUAGUCGGAGAAGACGUGUAUCUCUAUACAAGCUAACGUACAUGAACGUUAAAGCUAGGUCAGAAAGCGUUUGUGGCUGUGACGUGUUUCACCGUCUUACCUUACCGUCGAUGGUCACCUCUAUUUUCGCCUCUUCUUUAUUGCUUACUUCAUAUCUUUUACAUUUUUAGACCUCUUUAGUUUCUUUUUCCCUUUCCCUCGUUUUUGACGGAUCUAAUAUUUGCCGAUCCUGCCAUUUUGACAGGUAACAGUUGGCUAACAGUCAGGGCCAUGUUUGAACUUUUGAAUUUGGGGGAUGAAGGACCGUACCAUUUUAACCUGGGGAGGUUGAGGGGAAGUAAGAUGUUUAAAUAGACCACUAUUUUAAGAAAAAUUGUAAAAACUGUAUAAAGGAAUCAAUAAAAAUGAUUUUUUUUAAACAAAAAAACAAUAUUUUGAAAAUAUUGUUGCGUACUUUUCAGAGGGUCAGAGGGCCCAUUUCGCCCCUCCCCCCCGACCCACAACCUAGAACAACCAACCCAGUUAACCCUACCUGUUGACAACAGUGACAGAGGGGGGGAAUGUUUCUAUGCUUAAAGCAAGUGCAAGGCUGCCAAGUUUUAUAAAAAAUGACAAGAGUGAGGCUUCAGCAUUAUGAUGUAUUCGGGCGGUGAAAAGAAUUGGCCUUUUCUAACAUCGAUUUAUACCUUAAGACUGAUGUCCUUACCUCUAUGCCAGCUGCUCUCCCUGCACUGUGGCCUUGAGAUGCUAGUCUUAAUUAACCAGAAAUUAAGAAAUUAGAAAGUGGGUUUUAAAUGUUGGUGCUGUUGCGUGUGACAGAUAGUUAGAGACAUCAAGUCCCACCUUACGUCGCUUAUGAUUGGUUUAUAUUGCGUGGGGCCUUCCGUGGUUAGUUAGAUUUAGGCUGUGUCCAACAUGAAUCACUCAAUCCCUAACCCCAAACCCCCAUAUGGGGUUUCACUUUAUAGCUGACAAUGUAGUGAACUCAAUCACCAGAGGCUUCGGACACUACAUGGCAAGAUGCAAUGCAUGACGGGAUGCCCACCACCGGUGAGUGACCAUCAGAUGGUCAUUACAUUUUGCAAUGCUUUAUGGAUAUUUUGAGUCGCCUAUAUGGGGCACUGGAAUUGAUCACUCAGGUUUCGGACACCCCUCAAAAUGGCGCUAAUGAAAAGAAUAAAUACAGAAGAUUGAACGGGGAAAAAUAAGCGUGAGAAAUGUCAAGUGUGGUGUGAGAGUGGGUCAGAUUGCGUGACCUUUCACACUCAAAGCGUCACGCUUGACAGCUGUGAAGUGACUGAUAAAGGUGUCUAACUUCACUUUAUUAUGUUUCAGUGUGGAUGAGUGUGGUGAAUCCAGGAUUCAACCAGGUCGAAAGAAAUGUGAGUAAUCAUCACAUUAAAAUGCUCUGAUUUUGUUAUGACAGAACAUCAAGUCUUGUAUAAACUUACAGUCACUUUGUUUGGCUUAUUAGAUACCAAAAAACUCACCUUGGACCCAAACACAGCGCACAAAGACCUCUCUCUGGAAAAAGAAGACAGGAAGGCAACAAGGUGGACCACAAAGCUGUAUCCUGACCACCCUGAAAGGUUUAAUUACUGGACACAGGUGCUAUGCAGGGAAGGACUGACCGGGCGCUGCUACUGGGAGACAGAAUGGUGCGGGCGGGCUUUCAUCGGAGUGGCCUACAAGAGGAUGUGCAGGAAAGGAGAGGAGAUGGACAGCUGGUUGGGCAGAAAUGACUGUUCAUGGGGACUGUACUUCACCAAAAAUGGGUACACCAUUUGGCACAAUAAUAGGGGCAAUGCAGUUAAUAUCUCCCUCAACUGCAAUAAAGUAGGGGUCUAUCUGGACUGGUCCUCUGGGACUCUGUCCUUCUACAAAAUCUGCUGUGGCGCAGUAACCCUCCUCCACACCUUCCACACCACCUUCACUGAGCCUGUCUACCCAGGGUUCUGGCUCGGAUGGGUGGACUCUGUCGUGUACUUAUGCUAA